AUGAGCACCUCCCAUCAGCAGCCACAAGAGCACGCGGAGCAGAGGAGAAGCGGGCCGGCCCCCACAGGCCACAGCAGCCCCCAUAGCACCCAUCACGGCGGCACCCCGAUGGCUUCAUCGGACUCGGGUGUGGAGUCGGCUGCAGAGGCCUCCGACUCCCCGAUGUCCCGCGACAGCUCCAGAGAGCAGGGCGACUCGAUCGUCUGUGGCGACUGCCACACAAAUUUCCCCAUCUCCCGCUUCACCACCUUUAUUGAGCACAAGAAUCGUCUCCGCUCGGCCUCCGCAAACCCCAUGCUCCUCAAUUACCCCCACCAUAUGGAGACCGAGCAGCAGCACCGAGAGCUCGAUCUGGAGCAUGGACGUCAUCCAGUCACCUGCGCGGCGUGUAAGCGCCGUUGUGGCGACAUCUGGGCCCUGCUGAAGCACUGCUACAGCGAGCACGGACUCCGCGUCUGUGCCGAGGAUAUUGGCGACAUUGAAUAUCCGCUCUCGGUCACCUCCUCCCCAGCUUCCAACAACUCCGACAGCUCCGUCAGCAUGCGCGAGACGUUCAGAAGGGAUGACGAUAAGCCUGGACCUUCCAAAAUCCACAACCCGAAACCAGGCCCAUUCCCACUGUCCUCGUGCUUCAGCGAUCGGCUAAAGGAGUGUGCGGAAAAAGCGCAGGAUCCAGAGGAGAAGCCAUCCAUCAGAAGCUUCAGACUCCUGCCACACGACGGAACUGAUGAUGAACACGGGGUAUCGGCAUUUACACCAACCGGCAAGAAAAGCCAAUCCAAUAGCCUUGUCACCGCCCAGCUCACCGCCAACCCGCAGGCCACCGGACAACUUGGGUCACUCUGGAUGCAACCGAGCGUUCUGAACGCGAUGCAGGACUAUUAUUCACAAUUGUCACUGACACAAUUGCAUCAACACUCGACGGCUGCUGCUGCGCUUCUUGGACUCUCUCAAUCCGUUCAAUCGUCGAAUAACACCUCGGUGUCGCAGCAGAUUUUUCAGCCGUCAAUCGUCCACCCCACUACCCCAACGGUGACCACCCCCACGCUAUCGAUGCUUCCGCCAACCGGCCCGAAGACGCCGCUCAUCACCGAUGUGUCGGGUCCUGACUUCUCCACCCCGAGAUCAGCAUCCGUUCGCCCGAGGACCCAUUCGCUGUCGAUGACCCCACCAUCAGUCAAGAAGGCUCGACAUGAUGAUGAACUGAUUGUUGUUGAUGACAAUGACCUUGCCGAGCCGGCUGCCCGUCGAGCUACGAAUAUCCGCAAGGAGCGCUGCCAGUACUGUAGCAAGGUCUUCACCAACCGCUCGAACCUGAUCGUCCAUCUGCGGUCCCACACCGGGGAGAAGCCGUACAAAUGCCAACUCUGCCCAUAUGCCUGUGCCCAGAGCAGCAAACUGACCCGCCACAUGAGAACCCAUGGUCAACAGGGAAAGGAGACGUUCCACUGCUACAUCUGCCAAAUGCCAUUCACCGUCCACUCGACCCUCGAGAAACACAUGCGCAAAUGCGUCGUCAACUCCUCAUCCGGUCGUACCGAUAUCUCAUCCAAGGUGACACCAUCGACCCUGGCGGAAGCGACGUCGCUUCUGGCCCUCUCUACACCGGUCACCCAGUCGGCUGCUGUCACGCAAAGCAAUAUCAAUGUGCUUAACUGGCUGCAGGCGCUGAACGUCUCGACGCCGGGCGCCGGAGCCGAUGGAGGGAUGGUGGGACGUCAUCAAGAAGAUUCGAGCCGUGACGACUUCUCCGGUGAGGACGACGAGAUGGAAGACGAAUCGGAAGGGAGCGAUGCUAGCAAUCAAGGAGCUGCCCAAGAUCAAUCGCCGAUGACCUGCAAACAGGAAUCCGAGGCAACAAUCUCCGUGGCU